GGCGCGGCGCGGCACGUGAAGGUCGCGGUGCUGGUGCCGGUGGCGGCGGUGGCAGGAGCGGGAUGGACGCGCCGGCCGGGGCCGGUCUGGGCGGCGCGGACCCGCAGCUCCAGCGUUUCAUCGAGGUGGAGACGCAGAAGCAGCGCUUCCAGCAGCUGGUGCAUCAGAUGACCGAGCUGUGCUGGGAGAAGUGCAUGGACAAGCCGGGCCCGAAGCUGGACAGCCGCGCCGAGACGUGCUUCGUCAACUGCGUGGAGCGUUUCAUCGACACGAGCCAGUUCAUCCUGAACCGGCUGGAGCAGACACAGAAGUCCAAGUCGGCCUUCUCGGAGAGCCUCUCCGACUGAGCGGGACCCGCGGCCCCGGGGGGACACCGGCCAGCCCCCAGGGCCGGGCCGGCUCCUGGCCACCGUGCCCCCGGGAGCAGCCCUGGGGUCGGCAUUUCGUUCCGUGCCAGGCCGGGGGAAGGCGCAGGAUGGGAGCCCACGACAGAGCCACGGGCGCUGCCCCCUGGGGUGACGCGGAGCGAGGACUCCAGGCCGCUCGGCCACAGGCACGACUGGCACUGCCCCUGGCACGGGGGGGCUCCUGGCUGGUGCCAGCUCUGUGUGGGCAGCACGGGCACCAGCUGAGCUGGUGGGGCACAGGCAGCAGCCCAGGCGCUGGCACUGCCGGAACGUGCCCUGGGGCUCCCCGUUCACAUCUGCAGGCUGCAGCACGGCCCCUCGCUGCUGACUCUCCAGUAACUGUUCUCCCCUGGGCAAUGGAAUAAAUACUAA